UUUAGAAUAAUUUUGAUUAUUUUUAUAUUUUUAACUAAUGAAUUUGAAUUUAAAUUUUAUAAAAUGUACCAUAGUUUCUAAUUGACCCUGUUUAUUUAAUGGAUAAAUCCUGCGAUUUCAGGACCAAGUCGUUGUACUGGUAUUCUGCCAUCACUGGUAACUCGGAUCCUCCAUCACGACCUUCUUUUGAUGAAACGAUUGUUGACAGAUACUCUGCUAUCUCAGCGUUGUUAUUUAAUCGCCUGCUCUCCUUUGAUUCAAUAGUUUCUCCGUACAUUAUCCUUAAUAAUGAACAAACUUUCAAGAGUAAUCCCUACGGGAACCUGAUUCUACCUAAAAUUUCAAAUUUAAUCCUCUUUAUAAAGUCUAAAAGACUAUCUUUUAACAAAAUAGGCAUAGAGCUAAUAGUCCAUGAUACCAAAGUCAUUGGCGACUUUAUAAAUCAACUUGAGCAGACAAUUACGAGUAGUAAGGAGUCAGGAAACAAAGGGGCAAUUCGAAAACACCGUGAAGGUAUUAUUAGUUGUUUGAGAUACAUUUUUCAAAUUGUUAGGGACAAUGUACAGAACUAUGAAAGACUCAAACUCAAGUAUGAUUCAACCAUUGACAACUACAUGAAGGUGAUGAGUGAAAAUCUUACUGAGAUUAACAGCCUAGACGACACUAGUUCUGUGGAUUCUAUCCCUAACUCAUAUUUACAGCAUUUUGUUCCGUCAGAAAAGUCUGAUUUAUCUCAUAUUUUAUACGUCGACCCUGAGGAUGACAAACCUAAACCUCCGUCGCAGAACCAGAAUAAUACUGUCCAACCACCUAUAGAUCAUGAUGUGAACAUUAUUGGCUUAACGCGUUCUCUUGGUGAAAACUUAGGCUCACUCAGGUAUGAGAAGGGCUCUUACAACAUCGCAACUAAUUUUUUGGACCAGUCUGAGAUGAACGAUGAGCAAAUUUCAGGCACUUUAAUGAUGCAGUAUGCUAAGACUGUAAAUAACAUUAAGGACCAUCUGAAAGCUACUCAACUGAGCACAAUCACCAACGUUCAACAGCGGCUCACUGAGAUUUCCUCCAUGUUUGAGAAGUUCACUGGGACUGUGGUUGGCCAGAUGGGUCUGUUCGAGAACAUUAAUGCCAACGUCAUGGAGUCAAUAACAAAUAUAGAGAAGACACACGAGACUUUAAAAAAGACUAGUAAAGAGCGGUUACCUUAUCAUCAUUUAAUUCUUUGUUACGCUCUCGUGGGACUUUCAAUUUUCCUUCUAUUUGUCGAUUACUUAAAGAGUGGCGGGGGCUCAUACUUGUUUUAAUUUCGCAAUUUAAUAUAUUUUAAUAAUAGUUUA